CAGUGUUUCGUACCUGCCGUUUGUGAAUACAAAAUACUUAUCUGAAUUGCGCAAUAUCCGCAAGCAGUGCAGUCUGGGGUUCUGCUGCACAACACAGGGCUGGCGCAACUGGCUAGCUAGCUGACCGUUUGGAAAUGGACGUGUUCUUAAUGAUCCGGCGUCACAAGACCACAAUCUUCACAGAUGCCAAGGAGUCCACCACUGUUUAUGAGCUGAAGCGCAUUGUUGAAGGAAUUCUUAAGAGAACACCUGAAGACCAGAGACUCUACAAAGAUGACCAGUUGCUAGAAGACAGCAAAACUCUUGGUGACUGUGGAUUCACCAACCAGACUGCCAGACCUCAAGCCCCAGCUACAGUUGGUCUGGCGUUCCGCAUAAAUGACGAGAUGUUCGAACAGCUGCACAUCGAGGCCUUCUCCAGCCCCCCAGAGCUCCCUGAUGUGAUGAAGCCUCAGGACUCUGGUAGCACUGCCAAUGAACAGGCUGUGCAGUGAUGACAGGGAGAGGAAAUGAGCACUGGAGAGGAGGAUGGAAGUGGGCACAUGGAAAUUAACUUCAGUGGAGAAGAAGCAGGGUGAAGGAUAUGUAAUAUAGUUUCAGUCGAUGGAUUGGGACAUUAUGGGUAACCAAGCCUAUCUGUGUUACCUUCAUGCUAUCAUCCCAUCACCCCACCCAAUUUGCUUCACAUGUCAUUUUUUAAACUCUUUAUCAUUUCCACGUCACAUGCGAUUCUGCUCCUUGACUUUAUUCUUAUGCACUGACUGGCUCAAAUUGAAGAAGUUGGUUUGGAAAGUGUUGAUUUCUUUGUGUGUGUGUGUGUGUGUGUGUGUGUGUGUGUUAUAAUUAUUGUCAUUAAUAUUUGGGAAAAGGUGAAGAUGUAGUUGUGCAUCACAGUUCUCUAGAAGUAAUGUGCUCAAGUUAAGAGUCUGGUGUCUGAAUCGCAAAACUGCAUGAAAUUAAAAACAAAUGCUUUAUUUUCAAAGAAAGAGAUAGACCUUCAACUGAUAAGUUUCCUUGGUGUGAUUUUCCCCAAUUUUUUGUAGAUUUCUGAUUUGGGUUUAUACCAGGAAAGAAAGUCUUUGUAACCAUUAUGUUUUGUCUUUUCAUUAUGUUCCACUUGUCAAUUCUGUCUUUAUGUGUCAUGCACUGAGACCAAAAACAGGUACCUCUUUAACAACAGAGGGAUAUUUGGUCAAAGGGUAUUCUGUCUGUGACAUACAGUGUACACAGGAGGAUAGAUUUCCUGGUGUUUACACUUAAGUUUUGGAAAUGCACACAACACCACAUGUCACCAACACCAAUGCAGCACCUUCCCCUAAUCACACAUAGCCUGUAACUGUGAGCUUGCUUAAUUAAAAGUUUUUCCUGUUGUUUUUUUUU